AUGCAACAAGGCAAACAAAAAUUCGUCAAUUUAACAUCAACCUCCCAGCAGCGCCGUGUACAAUUGCUCUACCCAACUACCCAGUGCCAGCACGCACCACGUUUGAGAAAUUUGCAAUUCAGCAGCCGCAUCAUCAGGCAAAACAUCAAUGUUCCCAAUGAUAUCAAGCAAUGCCAAGCACUGAACAGCAACGAUUCAAACAGACACUGA